AUGUCUUCGAUUGCGUCGAAGCCGUUCCCGCCCGCCAAGAACCCGCCGAAGAAGGUUUCCCAGGACCCCGCUCUGCGUGGCCGCACCGUGCGACUCGAAGUUCCCGAUGAGCUUCCUGGCGACUGGGAUGGACCGGUGUACACGACUCUGAGCCGCACGUCCAAGAUGCUGGAACCCGGCGAUUCCAGUCCGUUCGUCGCCGACGACGAUGGACUGCGAUGGCCUGCCUGGCAGGCCACUCUCGUCAUCUUGCGCCAUGGUCAACGCCGUGACGAACUCCCGACCGGACUCCAGGAGCAUGUGGACGUCCAAUACUGGAUUCCUCACUGGCGGCUGACUUUUCCCCACGAAGACCUCACCGCUGAGCUCACGCAGCGUCCGCUCCUUUCGGUCUUUCGCUUCGUCCGCUUCACGGAGUACUUUGUUGCCGAGCCUCGCUGCGAUACCAAGUUUGUGCGCCGGACGUCAGACGUCCUCCUGUAUGGCCAAGUCCUCGCAUAUUCACCGACGUCGUCAGCAUCGCUUGUAGACGACAUUGACCUACUUUUGGAGCCUGGUUCCGGCUACGUGCGCAAGGUGGCGCUGCGCCGCUACGCCGAUGAAGAUCCCCAGAUUGUAGCCAUCCCGCUCGAGGCUGCACGUGCCCGGCACGUUUCUCGUUUGGAGUUCAUGCUUGGAUACUGCCAAGGCCUUCCGGCCUCGUUCAUUCCACCAAGUUUUGCCCAGACCUGGUCCGGACUUUCUGUCGCUGGUAUGUCGGACACAAGGGCGCUGCGCUCUCUUCUCAUGACGGCGUUUGCCGAGCCUGGCUCCCCCACGCAGUCACGGGUGGAUUUAGGUGACCGGGCCGUUGCGUACAUCACGCCACGUGGCGAGAAGGCUGCCCUGUCGCCUACUCAGUUUGUCCAACAUAUUACAGCCGUAGCGAGCGGUGACGUUUCCACGCCGUCGCCUGAACCGGAUCUCCCAUUACUGGUCGACGACGACGUCGAGCUGACUCCUUCCGAUUUGUUCGCCGACCCCAUCAGGCUGGCUGCCCCGGGACCGGCGGCCUCCGUGGCGCUCGUUUCUUCCUCGGCUGCAUCGCACGCGUCGGCUAGGCCACCUCGAUCUACGCUUCCAAUUCGGCAAACACCGGCGCGUCUGACGCCCCCCACCGCUACUGCUCCCGAUGCUGUUGGUACGGACCCGAUGACGCUCCUCGCGAACAUCCUCGCGGAACAGCGCGCUUCCAACCAGGCGUUGACGCGGCAGAUGGCUGACCUGACUGCGCUGGUGCACACACAACGCCCAGCAUUGCCUCCAUCUGCACCGGUCGAGGCUGGGCGACGUACUCCGCCUUCGCGUCCCGUUGGCAGCGGCCAGGGCCAGGCCCGUUGCGUUCUUCCAACCGACCCACAGGAUGACGACUACCGCAGAGAGCCUGGCUCCCCGAGCCCACCGCGUUCACCGGGCGGUUACCUUAUCGCUCACGGCCAAGCACCCAUUCGCCACCGUCGACGGCCUCAGUCUCCCGCAGUCCGUCACCACGCGCCGCCCCGUAGCCGAUCCCGUGCUCGCUCUCCGCCUCGUCGACAUCGGAGUCACACUCCCCGUCGCCGUCGCCGUUGGUCUCAUUCCCGGUCGAGCUCACGCUCACGCUCCCGUCACGAACUUUCCCGGUCUCGUCGUUCUACGUCGCGACGUCGCCGGUCCCGUUCACGUGGCCGCUCACCCCAGGGACUCCGACCCAUCGGUCACGCUGCCUUCCGACCCACGGAGAAUUAA